AUGGACACCACCGAGCCCUUUGCGUCGCAGCAUGGCCGUCACCAGCUAGCACAGCAGAUGAAAGUUGAGCCUGGCGACGGCCUCAGCUCCUAUGUCUCCCAAUUGACAGGAAACCCCUUCUUCAGUGCCGGUUUCGGCCUCGCAGCCCUCGCCGCCGCAGCGCGCAUAGGCCAGAAAGGAAUUCAACAUGGCGCCUCGCUGAUACGCCGCCGCAUGCUAGUCGAUCUCGAAGUCACUCAUCACGACGAUGCCUACCCUAUGCUUCUCAAUUGGAUGACUGCUUUCCACAGGGCACAGCACACGGGCGCCCAACUCUCGAAGAGCCCCAAGAACACAGCAAGCGGAGGUGUUCUGUCCUCACUCAUUCAACGAUUUAAUCCUCGCCUACACCACCUACAAGUCCAUACCGUUUUGCCGAAAGAUGGGCCAUCGCACGCUGCACAUUUCUCAUUCGUUCCUGGUCAUGGAAGACAGAUACUCCGAUACGGCACAUCCUUCAUACUGGUCGACCGGCAACGAGAGAAGACCCUCAACAUCGCAAAGGGGGAGCCAUUCGAGACGAUAUCUUUAACCACGCUGUAUUCUCAACGUGAAGUCUUCGAGCAAAUCUUCACAGAGGCUCAUCAGUUGUACCAACAAAUGCACGAAGGGAAGACAGUGAUAUACACUUCAAUGGGCCCGCAGUGGCACCAAUUUGGGGAGGCAAAAAGGAAACGUCCACUCGAAUCCGUAGUGCUCGAGCGCGGCGUCAAGGAACGGAUUGUGCAGGAUGUGCAAGCAUUCUUAGAGGCGCGGACGUGGUAUCUGGACAGAGGUAUCCCGUAUCGCAGAGGCUAUCUACUAUACGGCCCUCCUGGAACAGGGAAAAGUUCCUUUAUUCAAGCAUUGGCGGGGCACCUUGAUUUUGAUAUUGCGAUUCUGAAUGUUAGUGAGCGAGGACUUACCGACGACCGUCUGAACCACUUGCUGACGAAGGUUCCGAGACGAACCAUCGUCUUGCUUGAAGACAUUGACGUCGCAUUUAUGAAUCGCAAGGCACCUGGAUCAGAUGGGUACAGCGGGGCUACGGUCACAUUUUCGGGACUAUUGAAUGCCUUGGAUGGUGUUGCGAGCGCCGAAGAGCGCAUCAUUUUCUUGACGACAAACCAUGUCGAAAGGCUAGACGAGGCUUUGAUACGGCCUGGUCGGGUCGACAUGACAGUCAGGUUGGGCGAGGCGACAGAAUAUCAGAUCGAUCUGCUAUGGGAUCGAUUCUACGCCGAAGUGGAUAGCAGCGGUGAGGCAAAGAAGCGCUUCAUGGCUAGAGUGAAAGAAUUAGGGCAGAGCAAUUCGCUGAGUACAGCAGCGCUGCAGGGUUUGUUUCUGUAUAACAAGGACGAUGCGGAUGGGGCGAUCAAGAUGUUAGAAGGCCUCACCGCUGGUCAGGACAGCCAACCCGGACAUGUGGACAUCAAAGGGCACGUGGAUGUAUGAUGAUGUGGGGUGGUCGGGAUGGUCAGGCUGUGUGACGUACGGAGAGAAAAGUGUGUGUACAACGAAGACGACGACGAUGGACGUAUGUACGAGUAUGUGUAUCUAUAUGUAUCCUUCAUAUUACAUGCUGUUUACUGCACAUAUAAUGUAGAAUAUAUUGUGAUAAGGUCGGAUAAUUUAUUAGAGUUUCGCGAC